ACCGCCGAGAAGUUAGAGUGUCCCAGAGACAACCUGCCCGAGCGCUCGGCCAGAGACACUAGGGCGGCCCGGGGCGCGGCGUGGCCCUGGGCUGGUCCCCCAGCCCCCUCCUCCGGGGCGGGAGCGACGCCGGGGCGCGACGUGGGGCGCGGCGAGCCCCGGCGGCCGAGCGGGUCCCCGCGGGCAGCCAACAUUGAUUUCCUCCGGGCCGAGGGCGAGGGCCCGGGCGGCGGCGGGCUGCAGCCGCGGCAGGGCGAGAGCAUGUCCAAGCCGGUGGACCACGUCAAGCGGCCCAUGAACGCCUUCAUGGUGUGGUCGCGGGCUCAGCGGCGCAAGAUGGCCCAGGAGAACCCCAAGAUGCACAACUCGGAGAUCAGCAAGCGCUUGGGCGCCGAGUGGAAACUGCUCACGGAGUCGGAGAAGCGGCCGUUCAUCGACGAGGCCAAGCGUCUGCGCGCCAUGCACAUGAAGGAGCACCCCGACUACAAAUACCGGCCGCGGCGCAAGCCCAAGACGCUGCUCAAGAAGGACAAGUUCGCCUUCCCGGUGCCCUACGGCCUGGGCGGCGUGGCGGACGCCGAGCACCCUGCGCUCAAGGCGGGCGCCGGGCUGCACGCGGGGGCGGGCGGCGGCCUGGUGCCGGAGUCGCUGCUCGCCAAUCCCGAGAAGGCGGCCGCGGCCGCCGCCGCCGCCGCCGCGCGCGUCUUCUUUCCGCAGUCGGCCGCUGCCGCCGCCGCUGCCGCCGCCGCCGCCGCCGCGGGCAGCCCCUACUCGCUGCUCGACCUGGGCUCCAAGAUGGCAGAGAUCUCGUCGUCCUCGUCCGGCCUCCCGUACGCGUCGUCGCUGGGCUACCCCACCGCGGGCGCGGGCGCCUUCCACGGCGCGGCGGCGGCGGCUGCAGCGGCGGCCGCCGCCGCCGGGGGGCACACGCACUCGCACCCCAGCCCGGGCAACCCGGGCUACAUGAUUCCGUGCAACUGCAGCGCGUGGCCCAGCCCCGGACUGCAGCCGCCGCUCGCCUACAUCCUGCUGCCGGGCAUGGGCAAGCCCCAGCUGGACCCUUACCCCGCUGCCUACGCUGCCGCGCUAUGACCCCGAGGGGCCACCUCGCGAGGACCAGUGUGCACACGUGUACAUAUGUAUAGGUACGAGCGCUGCGGCCUCCCCGUGCGCCCUCCCGCGACCGGGGGCCCGGUUUGUAUGUACAUAGAAUCUAUAGGUGCCAGGCAGAGGCAGAGAGGCCAGGCGGGGCAGGAGUGGCCAAGCGCGCGAGGGCGCGGGCGAGCAGGCCUGUGAAUUCGCAGGAUCAUUUUAGACCCGUACUUCGGCAGCCAACUCGAAAGCAGGCGGUUGUGUCCGGCAGCAGUUGGUGUUUGCUUUGCACUUCGGAACCUGUUGCGUUUUGACCCACGGAGGUGGAGGAGUAACUUUUUGACAUGUUGGCCUUUCCAGUUUUGUUGGAAGUUUCAUGGUCGGUUUUGUUUUUGUUUCUCAUUCUCCUUCCUCGCCCCUCAGCCCCCCAACCCCCAACCCCCUCCCGGUCCGUGUUGCAUGCUCGCUGUUCAAAUGUGAGAUCUGAAAUGGCUGGCACACGGGAAAAGCUGCUUGUGUCAUUCGUUUCUGGGAGUGGGAUGGCUCUGAGCAGCCUCGCCUCCCUGUUUGUACUAUUUGAACUUUGCAGAUCUCUGUUCUCUCAAGCAGAACUCCCAGACCGGAUCCAUUCUUGACCAGUGACCGGCUCGAAUCUGGCCUUUUGUGUGAGAUGAUCACGGUUUCUUUUGUUUAUCACGCCAUAUGCAAAUCAGAGCAAAAGCUCUUUCUCAAGAGCAAGAAACGCAAACAAGAAAUAUUUGUGAGAUGAAAGUUCUCAAUUGGAUUUUCUUCCUAAACAAACAACAACAACAAACUACUAGAAGUCUCCUGAGUCCACUCGCUUGGAUUUCUGACACAGUUUACAAAAAAGGAAAAAGGCACUGUUCCUAUUUUCCCUUAUGGCUGAGUUCACCUUAAGAUUGUAAAUGUGUAUAUGUCAGUGAAAACAUCGAGGCUUGGAAAAUGUGUUAUUUUCGUUGCCCUAAGUUUGAGUCGGCUUUAGACUCAAAAACAUUUUGAGCGAAUCUCAAAGUUAACUUUUAAAAAUUGCGAAACUAUUUCAGAAUCGCAAUUUUAUCGAAGAUUAAAUCAGACUUUUUUGUCUGGUAAUUAUAUAUUUAUUAUUUAGCAAAACUGAAGAAAAAAGCACAGGAUUGUUUCAACAGAUGUCUCUAAUUUUCAGCUAGCAUUUCUCUCCCAAGUUGAGCUGGUUUAAUGUGUUUUGGAUUUCCCUCCUCAAUUGGCUUUUUUAGAUCACCUGCAAUUCAUUUGCAAAUUGCAAUAAAACACAUUUUAGAAAAAAGGGACCUUCAAUUAUUAGCUUUGUUUCUUUUUAAAUGUAUAUAUUUUGACUAAUGUUUGUGAAUGAAGUUGGCUAACAUGUAUUUAGUUUCAUUUUGGCUUUAUGUAAUAUAAAGUUUUUAAAUUUUUAAAUAUGGUUUUAACCUUUAUGUGUAAAUGAUUUUCUUGUGUGACCUUCUAAUUUAAUAUUAGACGUCUAAGGUAUAUCUGUAAAUUAGAAUCCGACUAUCACUCUGUUCAUUUUUUUUGAACAAGGAGUUUAAAUAAAGCCUGAACCAGGGAAAAGAGAAAAA